GGACAUAUUGCCAGCAGAGAGAAGUGGAGGCUAUAACAGAAGGAGAUGAAGACAACGAAGGCUGCUGCUGUUGUAAGCCCGGGCACUUGCCUCACUUGCUGUCAUGUAAUGCAGCCUUUAACCUCCGAUGGCUGACAUGGGAAAUAACUCGAACCCAGUACAUCCUGGAAGGAUAUAGCAUCAUUGAUAACAACGCUGCAACAAUGCUGCAAGUGUUCGAUCUGCGGAGAAUACUUAUCAGAUACUAUAUAAAGAGUAUAAUAUACUUUACAGCAAGUUCUCCCAAAAUCCUUGACUGGAUAAAAGACGAAUCCAUCCAAAAGAUACUGCAGCCUUAUGCAAAGUGGCAUUAUAUUGAACGUGACCUUGCAAUGUUUAACAUUAACAUAGACGAAGAUUAUGUUCCGUGUCUCCAAGGAAUAACAAGAGCUAGUUUCUGCAGUGUUUAUCUGGACUGGAUUCAGUUCUGUGCUAGGAAAAGGGUGGAGCACCUGGACAGUGAUGAAGAUUCUCCUCUAGUGACGCUUUCCUUUGCCUUGUGUAUACUGGGUCGAAGAGCUUUGGGAACUGCAGCUCACAAUAUGGCCAUCAGCUUGGACUCUUUUCUUUACGGGCUCCAUGCACUGUUCAAAGGAGACUUUCGGAUAGCAGCAAAGGAUGAGUGGGUCUUUGCAGACAUGGAUUUAUUGCAUAAGGUUGUUGCCCCGGCAAUCCGAAUGUCUCUGAAGCUACACCAGGACCAGUUCACCUGCCCAGAUGAGUAUGAGGACCCAGCAGUUUUGUAUGAAGCGAUCCAGUCUUUUGAAGAAAAGGUUGUGAUUUGUCACGAAGGGGACCCAGCCUGGCGCAGCGCUGUACUCUCCAACAGAGAGGAGCUGCUAACCCUGAGACACGUAGUAGAUGAAGGAGCAGAUGAAUAUAAAGUUAUCAUGCUCCACAAAAGCUACUUGAGCUUCAAGGUUAUCAAGGUCAACAAGGAGUGUGUCAGAGGGCUUUGGGCCGGGCAGCAGCAGGAACUGAUUUUCUUACGCAAUCGUAACCCAGAGAGAGGAAGCAUCCAGAACAAUAAACAGGUCUUGCGGAACUUAAUUAAUUCUUCAUGUGAUCAGCCACUGGGAUAUCCCAUGUACGUUUCCCCUUUAACCACCUCGUACCUUGGGACACACAGCCAACUGAGGAACAUUUGGGGGGGACCUGUCAGUUUGGACAACAUUAAAAAGUGGUUCAGAUCCAAAUGGUUAAGAAUGCGGAAGGACUGCCAUGCAGCUCACCAUGAGAGAGGUAAUGUUGAAGAGGCGGAUAGCGGAGGGGGGUCUUCGUCUAGCAGCAAUUCCACAGGCAAUGCAAGCCAGAGCAUAAGAAGCACAGAAAUUAUUUGUUUGAAUGACAUGAGGUGCAGGAGAAAACCCAGGAGUCAGUCCGUCCAGGCACACGCUGCUUUAAACCAAAGGCCCCCUGCUUCAAGUCACUCUGGACCAAUUGUAGAAAGCCGCCAGCCUUUCAUCCAAACAUCCACAUCUGCCCACGAAAUUGCCCAAAGGCUUUCUAGUAGUCAGCUGUCAUUCCACAACUCGGCAACAUCUGUGUUUUCCCAGUCCCCUGCUGUUCCUGUUGCUGGCCAGCUGACUGUGCAGGACCGAGCUGCAGCAAUGCUCAGGUCCAGUCUGGCCUCUUCCACCAGCUCAACUCUCAGCCUGCUGUUUGGCAAGAGAAGUUUUUCAAGUGCUUUGGUGAUUUCUGGGCUCUCAGCUGCAGAUGGAGGUAACACCAGUGACACCCAGUCAUCCAGCAGUAUGAAUAUUGCCAUGGGUCCAUCUGCUAGAGCAGCGAGUCAAGCGACUCGGGUAAGGCUGAGGCCAAAAUAG